AUGAUAGACCAGACGACCGUCCCCGAAAAAGCGAUUCCUGAAAAAUCAGCCAUCGGGGCUGCAGACGGCACGGGGUCGUCCACCAGAGAAAGCUCCAUCAGUCCUGUCCCGGCGCACGAUGAGGGCGCAGCGCCGGCCGGCGCGGCAAAGGAGGGGCGCUCCCACCGCGAAUCAGAUGUGGAUUCUAUCCCAGAUGGGGGGAUGGUGGCAUGGCUGCAAGUACUCGGGUCGUGGGUCAUAUUGGUCGAUACCUGGGGGCUGGUGAACAGUUUUGGAGUCUUCCAAACCCAUUACAAGUCCACGAUGCUGCCCUCGACCAGCUCCUCGUCCAUAUCAUGGAUAGGGUCUCUCCAGGCCUCCUUGAUGAUGCUUGUGGGGGUCGUAUCAGGCCCUCUCUACGACAUGGGCUACUUCCGUGUGCUCAUCGGCACCGGGCUCUUCCUCAUCAUCCUGGGCCAGUUUUUGCUCUCCGUCUGCACCACGUACUGGCAGGUCCUCCUGGCACAAGGCAUCAUGACGGGAAUUGGCAUGGGUCUUACGUUUUUGCCAUCGACCACAAUCCUGGCUCAGUACUUCCACCGCAAGCGCGCGCUCGUCCUGGGCAUCUCGUCGACGGGCUCGCCGAUCGCGGGGACUGUUAUACCUAUACUGUUCUCGCGCCUCGAGCCGCGCAUCGGGUUCGGUUGGACCGUCCGGACGCUGGCGUUCAUCCUGCUGGCCGUGUCGGUGAUACCGCUGGCGUGCAUGCGCACGCGCGUGGCGCCCGCCCCGCGGCGGCGGCGCUUCUUCGACCCCACGGCGGUCCGCGACGCCGCCUUCAUGACGCACGCGCUGGCCGCCUUCUGUGCCUUCGCCGUCAUGUACGUGCCCUACUUCUACCUGCAGCUCUUCGCGCAGACGCACGGGCUCGCGGGUCCGGACCUGUCGCCCUACGUGGUCACCAUGCUCAACGCCGGCAGCAUCGUCGGGCGCGUGCUGCCAAACUACCUGGCGGACCGGGUGGGCAGCGUCAACGUGGUGGCGGCCUGCGGCGUGGCGGCCUCGGCUCUGGUGCUGGGCUGGUUCGGCGUGCGCGACCUGGCCGGCCUCGCGGCCUUUGCGGUCCUGUACGGCCUCUUCUCGGGCGGCAUCGUGAGCGUCACCCCGAGCGUGCUCAUGGCGCUCACGCCGGAUCCGGGUCGCGUGGGCGCACGUAUCGGCAUGGCCUUCUCGUGCACGGGCGUCGCCAUCCUGAUCGGCACGCCCAUAGCCGGCGCCGUCGUGGGCGACUUUAGCGACGCGCGCUGGCGCGCCGUCGUCGGGUUCUCGUCGGGCGGCCUGCUGGCCGCCACGGCGCUGUAUCUCAUAUGCCGGUUUCUGCUGUACCGGUCCAACGGGAAGUGGAAGGCGUGA